CGUUUCCAUAUCUUGCUCUAAAACAAGCAUUGGAUCUUCAUGGCUCAAUCCGAAUCACUCUCAGCAGAAACUGAGACACUGAGCCAAGUCAUGAGUCUGGUGGAGGCGUUUAGAGCCUUCGAUUCGGACAGUGAUGGCAAUAUCACAGCAGCUGAGAUUGGUGGCAUAUUAUCAUCGCUAGGUUACAACGCUAGCGAACAAGAUGUAAGGACGAUGAUGCAACAAGGAGACACGAACAGAGAUGGGUUGCUAAGCAUACAAGAAUUCUUGGAGAUGAACACUAAGAACAUGGAAGUUGGGGGGCUUGCAAACUGUCUCAAAGCUGCCUUCGAAGCUCUUAGCAGUGGAGGUGAUGGGGCUGUCACUGCAGAGGAGUUAUAUGAAGUUAUUGGAAACAAGGAAUUGCAAUUGUCUUUGGAGGAUUGUCAAGAAAUUGUUGAUUCCAUGGAUGGAGAUGGGAAUGGUAUUGUUGACCUUGAAGACUUCAAGCUAAUAGUUAGUUCUCUUCUCUAGUUUUCAGAGUGAUUAUAUAUGUAUAUCUAGACUGUAACGGGUGCUUCUAUGAGCAAGAAGCAUGUAAUAAUCAAAUAAGUCUUUUCUGGCUUGUGCAGUAUCUGCUACAGGCCCAUAACUGAGUUCAUUUUAUCAAAACAAA